AUGAGGGCUGUUGAAUCAAGGCUUGACUACGAGAUACUUGUUGCACCGGACAACAGGACAUAUUACUACAAUAGGAGAACAAGGAAGAGCAGCUUCACCAAGCCGGACAUACUAAAGAGCUCAGAUGAAGAGUUUGAGGUGGAUCCAUGGAUUGAAUGCAGAAGUAAGCAAGGAAAGACUUUCUAUCACAACACCAUUACUGGGGAAAGCAGAUGGAAAAGACCCUUGGAAAGGAAAGGAGAGAAGGCAUUGAUAAGAGGGAUAGGAAUAAGGAUGAAGAUAACAGACAAAGAGACAUCGAGAUACUUGCUACAUAGACUGUUGGAGCAAUAUAGUGUAGAAAACAUGAAGGAUGCAUUCUAUAAGUUAUCUACCGAGCCUAUAUUCAGAGCAAUGGAAGUAAAUACCCGAGAAUGGCUGAUGAGGAAAUAUUUUGAGGACAAGGAGAAAGAUGCCAGAGAAGAAGAAGCUAGAAGGCAGAAGUAUUAUGUGGAUGAGGUUUGUAAGAUUGACGUUAAUGUUUCGGACUUCUUUGGAUUUAACAAUGUGUUUUCAAAGCAUCCAUACUAUUUAAAGAUUGAAGACAAGUUUGGGUGCUACGAAGUGUAUGUCGAGAGGCAUAUGGGAGGCACAACUGCAAGGAGACUUGAAAAGAUAUUCAAAGGUCUUGGGAUUGAUCUUCAUAGCUCUAUAGAAGAUGUUCUUAAGAUGAAGGAAGUAGAAUCAUUUGAUAGAAAGGCUGUCCUGUUCUCAUUUAUUCGAUAUUUCCGCAGGCUGGAGUCAGAGUUCCUGUCAAAUAUAAAAAAAAAGAAGAUGGAGAUUAUUCAAAACAUCUGCUAUCAUAAGGAAGAGUUUAAGAGGCUCUUGGGUAAAAUGUAUAACGAGGGGCUGAUAUAUUACAAAAUGAAGUUCAAGAAUGCAUUUCAUUUAUUCAAGGAUUCGGAGCCGUUUUUGAAUCUUUUAGGAAGUUCGGAGAGCCCUAAGGAGAUAUACUUUGAAUUUAUCAAUGAUCUGGAAAAUAGAUUGAGGAGAUAUGAAAAGGAAGGUGCCAAGGAGAUCAGCCCGGUAGAUAAAAGAGCAAUGGACAAGUACUUUGAAUCAAUCGGUGAGGAAAAAGAGGAGGGGGAGAUAUAG